CAAGAACUGAUGAUGACAGGAGCGUUCCUGAUUCUGCUUUUUGCAACCCUUGCCGCUUCUGAAACAUGUGUUUCUCUCCAUGCAAAGAAAGUUGAUGCGUAUGAUGACAAGAGAGUUACCCAGUCAGUAAUGUGGACGUUUAACAAUGUGACCAAGGCUGAAUGUACGAAGGAGUGUCAAAGGGAAAAGUAUUGCGUCAGUUUCCACUUCAGUCCAUCGGAACCAGUUUGUGUGGCAUUACGGGAACGGUUUGAAGGAUCCAGCGUUCCCUCCGUCGAGGCCCUUGGCUAUGAACUCUUUCAAACCAAUAAACCAUUGGCCAUAGUAGGGUCAGAAUGUGAGCUGGACGUGGACUGUGCCUCCCUCCCUAACUCCCACUGUAACGAGGGGGUCUGCAGGUGUGACGCGGGCUACGGGCCGUACGGAGACAUCUGCCGCAUCCUCACAGAAUGCUCCACCUUCAGCGAUAACUUUACCCUGUACAGGUCAUUUGUCAUCGUUGGCCACGACUUCCUCAGCCAAGGAGCAUCUACCUACGAGUCCUGCCCCGCGUACUGUAUCAGCGACAACAGGUGUCACUCGGCUGACUUGGACUUUGUUGGUAAAAUCUGCUACCUGAAUACGCACACGUGGCUGGGAGCGAUUCCAUCGACGCUUCUUAAGGGCAGCCCAAUAUUUGAUUUCUUCCAGCGAGAGUGCCUUUGGUAACUCACCUGAAGUUCAUUAAUGAAA